UGAGUGCAGCAGCAGGGGGAAGACUGGGUUGGGCCAGGGCUCGUGGCUGUCCCCGCUGGCACUGCCCACAGUCCCUGCUGCCUCCCAGCUCCCUCGCCCCCUCUCCUUCCUGACCGCAGGGGCCUGAGGCUCGUGCCGCAGCUCCCUCAGCCGCCAUCCAGCUCCCACCCAGCCCCACUGACGUGCUUCUCUCUCUUUCAGACCAUGGUUUCGGCAGCUUUCUAUUUCCUGGCGUUUUUGGGCAUAGUCAUCAGCCCACAGAAAGUCGGGGAUGAAUUGGAUGAAGCUACAAAUGCGCGCAUGCGGCGGUAUGCGGAGGAGAUGCAAGAACGCAUGGCGCAGCUCCUGUUGGAAAUUGAGGCGCUAGAGAAGCAGCAGAGCUCGAUGCAUAUGGGAGCCCUGCUCUUAUCUGCGAUGCAGACUUGGCAGUUCUGGGCCAGUCUUGGUUUUAUUCUCCUCUUAAUUUGGCUGUUGUUUUGGCUUCGUAAAAAGUUCGAGGUGUUUGAUGACAGCAGCGACGAGGAGAGCUCCAGCAGCGAUGAGGACUUGGAAGAACCAGCGCUCAACGAUGAAUCGAAUACAUCCAUUUCUAUUGCAGAGAGCAUCCAGCGGCAGCAGGUAAACCUGACCAACUACUGCCGGCUUGUGGAGGAAAUGGUGCGCGGCUUUUGCCGUGCCUGUGACUGGGUCUUUAAGGACACUUUCUCUCCAGUGCUGCAGACACCCAUUGGAGUGGGCAGUGCUUUUGAAGGCUGGAGUCCCCGGGAGGGUGAUACGGUCUACCGCUGCCUUAUUCCCAUGACAGCUCCUCGUGGGCACUCCUUCCACGUGGAGCAGAACACCAAAUGGAAUCUGCCAUCAAAGGUCUCUCGUAUUCGCGUGAAGCUGGAGUGCACGUGCUGGAGGGAGCAGGAGUUUGGGAAUAUGCUGUGCUUCCUCCACAACCCUGUGGAGGAGCUGAGAAGAAAUCAGGAACCCAGCCUCCUACGAACUAUGUGCACUCGCUCCUACUUGGAUGUGCGUAAAGUCUCCUCCUGGUUCCAGCAGCUGGCGAAAUUAUCCUGGAAAUCUGUGCCUCAUUCAUCUUCAUGGCUGGUUAAAGUACUGAAAACCAGACGCUCUUGCAUGCUUCGUUUGAUUGAUGACACCGGAUCAACCGUGUUCGUUGAGAUGAUGUUUGGGGUACAACAAGGUGAUACGGACAUUUUUCUGAGCAGCGAUUACUCUGAGGCUCCCGUUACCCCGGACACAGUAUGGCCACAGAGCUGCGCAGUGGCAGAGAUGAAGUUCUUCCGGAACAUAGCCGCGAAUGCCCAGCAGGACAGUUUCCACCUCGGAUGCAUGCAGCUCUGUGCCCGUAUCGCGCUGGGCAGUUAUUUUACCAGCUAUAUGAUGAAGACAGUCGUCAUGCACCUGCUGAACACCAUCCCUUUGGAAAGAUGGCACAGGAGGGAGUUUUUGCAGCGCAUGGAUGACAUCAUGGAGUACCUGUGCUCGUGCCUGAGGAAGAAAUGCCUGGACCACUUCUGGUUAGGAAACGAGCAAAUGCCUGAGGAGUUCAUCUUGCCUCCGGAUUUCCAAACAUCCAGACCACCCAACCUCUUCCAGCACAUGGCAAAGGACCCGGAUCAAUACACCCAGGCGCACACUGAUUUCCAUGAGCUGCAAGAGCAGCUCAUGCAAAUGCUGAACUUUGGGAACUGAGAGAGGCCUUCAUGCAGAGCUCUCCGGGGCACUCUGCUGACAGCAGGCAAUGACCUCCCACCACAGAAAGAAGAGGGGAGAACGCAGGACACAGAAGAGGAUGGGAAAACUCCGUGCAGCAACCCACUGCCAAGUGUGGCAAGAUUCCCGUGUGGACAAUCUACCAAGCGUAGUAACCACUGAUGACUACGGUGGCUACAACCACAACUGCUUGCCACGUGCUGCAGAGCUGAGCAUGCUGGACAUGGAGAAGAUGCUGCUCAGUUGGCAGUGGGAAUUGCUCCUCCGUGUUCUCUCCACAGCAAAACCACCCUUGCGGGAGGCACACCCCAUGCUGCUGCUUGAAGCAGAGGCUUUGUUACCAGCUGGACAGUGACCAUCUAGCUCUUGCACAUUGUCCAUUCACUCCGGGAGCUCGGCCUCCCCAAAACCCUAAUAUAUUGCUUGCUUAAACAAAUGCUUUGUCCGUGAGUGUCUGUACCACACUUGGUCAGGACAGGCAGGCAUGAGAUGCUGACAGCUUGGCUGCCACAGCAUCGGGGAGCAUUUUGCUGAGGAGCUGAUCCAAGAAGCUUCUUCUCUCUCAACUCCCCCGUGCUAUGUCUGUGGCAGUCUUCCUCUCUCUGCUGGUUCUGAGCCUUUUCCACACCCUACACAAUAUGGGAAAACGCUUGAGAGGUGUUCUGCAACUGUCAUACCAAGAGAGAUAUAAAUGUGCCAGUGCUCUAAAAGCCCAGCAUCCUUCCUCUUUGCACUCAUACACUGCAGAACACAGGCAGUUCUUCCAUGGUGUGCAAAUCAAACGGUGUCCACAUCAUGUAGUCUAGGUAUGGUAGGGCUUUGUUUCCACCCCUGGGGCAGUCGAUUCCCGGUGUAUUAGACACCCCUCAAAGUAAGAGCAAACUGUGGCCUGCACUCUGCUGCCAAAGGGAUGGUCUCAAUUAGCUAUAUCAAUUAGCUAUCUCAAUUGCAGCGUACCACUUGGCUGCCUUUGAUUCCAGUUCGUACUGGAGUUCUAGCAUGUCAGGCACCGCAGCACUCAGCAGUGGCAUGACUUUAUUCAGGCCACGAUAGUCCACUCACCAUUAGACCUUCGCACUGGCCAUAUGGGACUAUGAAAGGGUGAGUGAAUCUUGCUGAUCAUCCCAUGGCUCUCCAGUUGAUGAAUUAGCUUAUGGAUGAGAAUGGGGGGUCUCGGUUGGUGCCAUAUUGCUGCCGGUGCACAGCUGUGGUGGCAAUUGGCACCUGCUGUUCUUUGACGCUCAGCAACCCAACAGAAGGGUCCUCCCAGAGACUGGGC